CGUCCUUAUUCUAACUUGGACAGUUUCUAGAAACCGUUAGAGUCGAUACUGCUUUGCUGUCUGAAGCUUUUUCCUCUCCUAAUGCAAAUCAUUGGUGUUCUUCAUUAUUACUGGAUGUUAUCUGUUGAUAUUCACCAGACCAGAUCACACACUGUAAGGAGUCGGGACCAGACACUUCUUUGCAAACGGUGUAAAGUUAGUGUGCUACAGCUACAGACGGGUGACAUACACUAUGUCAAACCAUGGAAACUAGAGCAUCCUCUUUGAAAAGAAGCUAUCAAGACUGCACCUUGCUGGUGACACUAAAUACAUAAAGAUAAAGGGUGAGUGGCAUAGAGUUGUGUGUUGUGAGAGAGGAAGGAAGAUGGAGUGACAGAACAACAUGAGGAGAUGACGUGCUAGCAGUUUCUACUAUAUGAAGAAACAGUUAAGUUGCAGGAGAGCUGAAUAACUGGGUGAGGAGUACAGCUGUAAAAUAUGGUACCAGUCCAAGAUGGGGCAUCCACACAAGGGGAAAACCUACUUCUUCCUCCUAAAGAGACCCAAUUCGAGAGUACAGGGUCGAUCCGACAGAGGCAGUCCUCACCUGCACGGAGAAUGGGCAUGACCAGAAAACUUAACAGAAAGGAUUUCAAAGACUCUGAGAACCCAGAGGAGAGUGAAAAGAGACAUAAAGAGAAGGAGCUCAAACCGCUAUACAAGGAGCUUCUGUACACAAUCACUCAUCUUUUAGGAAAAACACACACAAAAGAGCAAUACAGUGCCAAGCAGUUUCAAGACUAUAUCAAAGAGGCGUUCUCCAUGACAGAGGAUGAGCAUAAAACCAUAAGUGAAAAAGUUCAGAGCAUGCUGCCCCCAAUCUACAGCCUCAAGGUUACAGUGAAACAAGCCAAGGGAAUUCUGGGGAAGGACAUUAGUGGAUUCAGUGAUCCGUACUGCCUGCUGUCGAUCCUAUGUGAAAGCAAGGAUUCUCGUGGUGGUGGAUCAUCCAAUAAACCUCAGAAAGCAGUAGUUCGGGGUUCAGCUAAAGGGCGGGUGUUGCAGACAACCAUAAAGAAACAGACACUCAACCCCAUCUGGGAUGAGACCCUGAAACUGGAAUUUGAAGACAUCUCAAAUGCCAAUUUCCACAUUGAGAUGUGGGACAAAGAUGAAGAGGUGUCACUAGUGCAAAAAUUGGAUGAGUUUCGGACAAACUUCCAUGGACUUAGGAGGAUGAUAAAAGAGGCUAAAAAAGAGAAAGGCCAGGAUGAUUUCCUGGGGAAUGUUGUUCUAAAGCUGAAGGACCUGCAUUGCACAGAGGACACAUGGUAUAACCUGGAGCCCCGAACAGAGACGUACCCAGACAGAGGACAGUGUCAUCUUCAACUUAAAUUCAUUCAUAAAGAGAGAGAUGAGACCCUGAGUGCUGGACGGAGUCCUUAUGUGAAUUACUGUGGCAUCCUGCAGCAGCUUGUUCAAUACCAUAUCUCUAAACAACAGGACAGUAAACCGUGGAAGGGAGAUUUGUGUGGGGAGGGGACAGCCCUGCUCGAGCACUACGCCAGCCAGAAUGAUAUUUCACCUUUUCUCCAAGACUUGGCGAAGUGGGUGGCCUACAGCAAACUUUACCAAAGCCUGGAGGUGGACUCAACUGUGCUUUUCCAGCAGAUAACCAGUAUAGAGUACCACUGGGAUCAGCAGGAACUCCCCAACCAGCAGAAACAGGAGCUAGGUGACUCUCUACAUGGGUUUCUGCAGUAUGGGCUCUGCUUAGUGUCUAAAUACAGGGACAUCUAUCCUCCGACCCCUAAAACAACACCACGGCUACAAACUCUGCUGAGGGUUCUUGUUCAGAUUUGUAAGACCCGAGCAUUUCAGAAGCUCAAUCCUGCUCAGUUUGACUUACAUGUUGAGGUCGCAGAUGCUGUUGUUGAUGGCACAGAAGAGUGGUUUAACAUCAAAAAAGGUUUACAUCAACCCAUGACCAAGGAUCCGUUGGAGUCCAUCAGUGCCCUCUAUCGGUUGAUUGGAGAAGUACAAGAAGACAUUAGACUCAGUAAAGAUGUCUGGAAUAAGGUGUUUGUCAGUGCUGUGCAGUUGGAUGUUUUCACUGUGGUUUACCGAAAACUGGACUCUCUGCUGGCUGAUGAGUUACAAGCUACCCUCUCUCAGUUGGAGAAUCAAAUAGAUCAGCCGCUGGCAAAUGCCCUGUUUCCUGUGUAUCUUACCUUGCAAGCCAUCCACAAAGACAAAGCCUUCUUACAAAAAAGGGGGAAGUUACUGCAGCUCACAAGUUUCCAUGAGGACUUCAGAGAUGCUCUUCCAUACUGGUUAAAUAAAGCCUUUAGCACCACAAUUGAGAGGGUGGAAAAAGCUGUGCAAGUGGAUCAGUUGCAGCCGCUGCAGACCGGAGGAGUUCCCAUCAAGCACAGCUCUUCUGCUGUGGAUAUUGCAGCAUGUUUGCAUCCUGUUGCUCAGCUCUGGGAACAGUUGAGCUGGCCUGACCCGGAGGAGGCCUUCAUGCUUAUGGUCAAACUCACAGAGGAUGUGUGCAAGAUUGCAUCAAUGUACUGUAAAAUGCUGAAGACUCGAGUGAAGGCGCUCUCUGUAGACUCAGACCGAGAAAGUGCUAUAAAAAUGCUGUGCGUGGUGGUGAAUGAUCUAGAGCAUCUGCACACCGUUUUGACAAGUCUACCGCAGCAGCUACGCUGGGCUGGGCUCCGGGAGCGCACGCGACAUGUGAUUGGAGAUGCACAGUUCCAGAACACACUUCCAUCACAGCUGCAACGCACACAGUCUUCCCUAAACCGAGAGAUCCGCUCUGCAGUUGAAACACUCGGGAAGAAGUUAAAUAAAGACAUUGAGACACAUGUUCGCAGCAUGGCUUCACGUCAAAGGCUUCCUUCCAGAUCUACAGAAGAUGCCGUGGUUCCUUUAAUGAAAUACCUAGAGAAAGAACUGCAGUAUAUGAAUGAGAAUUUGGUUCAGGAGAAUUUUAAUAGUCUUCUCACUCCAUUGUGGAUGAACUCGGUUAAGAUUCUGCAUCAGAUGUCUACGCAGGGGGACAGUAACAUGGUCUACUUUCAGAGAUUGCUGUACGCUCUGCAGUGCUUAGAACAGUGUUUUCAUGCUGAAGGGAAUGGACUUUCUCUUGAAACACUACAUACUGAGGAAUAUAAGACUCUACGGGCAAACCUGACACAAAACUCUUUAAGCUGUAAUCAGCUGAUAGAGAAGUUCUUUGAGAGAAAAGUGUGGGAACAGAAAGUGUUUAAUGGAGAGAAAUACGGAGCUGUCACUCUCAUCACCUCGUACAAACGCUCAGAGAACAAACUGCACGUAGAGGUUCUCAACGCCGUCAAUCUAAUUCCUCUCGACUCAAAUGGUUCCAGUGACCCUUUCGUUCAGCUGUCUCUAGAACCAAAGCACAUCUUCCCUCAAGUAGAACCACGAUCCACCAAAAUCAAGAGCUGCGAUCUCAACCCACUGUUCGAAGAGUCCUUUGAAUUUAUGAUUACAUUAGAGCAGUGCCAGUCUCCAGGAACAUGUCUGCUGGUGACAGUGCUGGACCAUGACACCUGGAGUCAUGACUUCGAAGGAGAGGCGUUCCUCUCUCUUAAAGCGGUGCCAGGAGUCGGAGGUGGACAGCAAAAUCCCACACCUGCACAGAUCCGCUUACCUUUGAUGCACCCCAAACCCAACAGUGAAAAUACCUUGAAGUUACUUGAGGCCAGGAAAGGCGAGAGAGAAGCUCAAGCCUUCGUUAAAUUACGCAGACAAAGAGAAAAGAAGUCUCAAGAAACCUAAGUGCACAAAAAGAUGAACAAAAACAUUAAAACCAAAUUAACAUUAUUUUUUCCCCUUUUCUGUCUAUUAUUUGUUAUAAAAAUAUUAUUUAAUGUAGAGUCUUUUAAUUAUUGUAAUGAUGAUAUUAUUUGAUAUUAAAAAUAAACACACAGCAUUUUCAUCCAAAAAUAUACAUUUGUUUAUUGUCUUUUACAAAAAAAUUCAGACUGAAACACUGUAUAUGAACAAAACUGAGCAGGUGAUUGCUGAAUUCACAGUGAAGCUCUGUUUCAAAGGAAGUCAUCAGCUGAGCAUCCCAAAUAACUGUGCCUUCAAACUGAAUUCAAAUGAAAUCAUCCAAAUAAAUUGAAACACACUGAAGUCAAGCCCUCUCCUGACAGCCGUAGCUUAUGACUGCAAUCAUGUUUGGUAAUCAGUGCACAUGAAUUAUCUGCUUCUCCACUGUUGGACAUGUGUUCGCAUAAAACACCUCUACAUGAACGGAAAGCUGCAGUUGGGAACGUGCUGAUGGUUUAGUAAACAGGCAAAUUAUUCAAUAAAUGCAUUAAAUAAAAUAUGCACAUUAUAAGAAUUGCAUAAAGAGUGUUUGCCGCCUUGCUCUUGCACUCCAGAUUACCAUGACUCUUUAAAAACAAAAAAAACUAAAAAAAAACCUGAGAAUGAAAAGCUGCAAAACCGUAUAAAUCUUCCAUCUUGCUGUAGCAGUUCCCUGGAAUUUCUCCUUAAAAAAUCCUAUAAAUGUAAUUGUAAAUUUCCUAUAUAGCUACUAACUAUACUAAUCUGUAUUAAUUAUUAAAUCUCCCCAUGUCUGGGAAAAAACUUUUUUUUUUAAUAAUUUCAGCUGCACUGAAGAUGCACAAACUGCAUUUCUACUGUAAACAUUUCAGAAUGUUGUGGAAGGACAUUCCACAUUUCAAUUUAAACGUGUUUUUAAAAAAGAACAGGAUUGUCUUACUAUAUAUGUGUAUGUGUUAUGAUUCUAUAUAAAGCAUAUAGGGAAUAUGGCAAUUUGGUAUCAUGAUCUUCACUUAAAUAUUUCCUUAAAAUCUCUAAAUGUGUUGUCAUGUAAGCAUUAUUAUUAGUGCUUGACCAGGUCUGAAUACUAAUACAAGGUAUGUUUGCUCUGUUCCCAUUAAAAAGACAUGGAAAAUUAUGAUUACAAUGAGACAUAAGCAUGUUAUUAUACUGUAUCCGUGAUAUUUUGCCCUCACAAUAAACAUGAAAAUAUCACAAACUGGUAAA